UACCAUUACCCGUAUCAGUAGUGUAGACAGCAUUUAGCAAAACGUAAAAUGACUUACUUUCUGUUAAUUGUAAGUACUUCACUGUUUCUUUGGUCUUGGCUGUCAAUUUAAAUUCCGAAUGCAGUUUUACUGAUUGGCUUACCACAAUGUACGGUUGGAUGUUGACUUUCUAAUAAUAUUCUCGGGGCUAAAGAAACACCAAACCUUGUAGAUAUGGCAUUGAAAGAAAAUGAUGUUUUGUUCAAUCUUUUGUCGUUAAAACACAAGUUCUUGGUGCCCGAUCAGAUUUGUGAAAAGUGUAAACGAUCAGCUAAAAACUGGCAUAUUAUAAGUGUGUGUCAUGAUAUUAUUUGUGAAGAAUGUUUGGAUUUAAAAAAUGAAACCAUUUGUUGUCCGGCAUGCCAACAACUGUUCAAUGUAGAGGAACAUGUUACGUCUAAUGAAGAUAUGAAAAUAGCUUACUGUCAAAUGGAAGAAUUUGUCUGGAAAAUAUUGUCUUUAGAAAAAGGAAUAAUUACAGAAAGCAAAAACACAUCAAAAUCAGACAAAACUCAUAAUGACAAUGACGAAGAAAUAAAAGAAAUGGGUGGAAUAUUAGAUGAUAUGGAUUUUAAAAAUUCAAGUACUAGUGGAGAUUUGCUUGAACCCGCAAUUAUGUGCCCAGCUGAAAAUAAUAUGACAAAUUUAAUAACAAAUGAACUAGAUAAAAUGGACAAUAAAGAAAAUGAAUGUAAAAAUCAGAAUAAUGUGGAAAAUCAUGGGCAUUUGUUGUUAUCGCCUGAAUUCGAAUUUGAAGAGGAGCCUAAAAAGUUUAAACCCAAGUGUUUAAAUUUUAUAGAUGAUGACAAAAUGGAAAGAAAUGAAAAUUGUGAAAUUAUAAAAAACAGUAUAUCUAAAAUAUCAGUGUCCGAAAAUAUAAAAACUAUUGUCCCUAAUAUUAUUAAUGGUAAAAAGCCACCUGCUGAAUGUAAUGGAAUAAGUUAUUUAAAAGAAAACAUAAGGGAUGAAAAUGCUUUAGAAAAGGAUGUUGUGGAAGGAACUCCAGAAAAGCCUACAGAAAUUAAACCAGAAAGUUUUCCAAGCAUUAGUUUUAACAAAAAAUGUAAAAAUAAAUCAAUGAUCAUAACCUACAGUAAUUUAGAUACCGAUGAAGAACUGGAUUCUUUAAAAAUAUUUAUGACUAUGUUCAAUGUAGUUAUAAAUCCUUCUUGGGUGGAUAAUGUAACCCACGUAGUAGUAAAACCCAACAAUGAUGGAACAUGUCCUCGUACAAAGAAAUGUAUUAAUGCUUUAUUGUCUAACCGUACUAUUAUAACUCUUAAAUGGGUUGAAGAUUGUAUCAAGUCACAAUUUGUGUUAUCGGAGUUAAAUUACAUGCCUCUUGAUAUGUCUGGUGAACCGUCUCCGAUGAUAACAUGGCGUGUUGGUCGAGGUAUUAUCGAUUCACCAAUGGCUUGGGCAAGCAAUUGUAUUGUUUAUGUACAUAGUUCUAUGAAAGCUAAUGAAGAUUUUACCGAUAUUUUAAGCUGGAUCAAAAAGGCUGGUUUUGUUUUGACUGAUAGUAUUGAUAAAAUUAACGAUACAUACAGCAUACGAGUUGUCUUGGCCGAUAUUGUUUUUAUUGAUGGUAAAGAAAUAGGAAUGCCGAUAACUCAAGAUACAAUGAUAGAUUGGAUUUUUAACAAGAAAGUCGUGACCUUAUACUGGGACUGGAUGUUGGAGUGUUUGUUCAGAUAUAGAUUUGUCCAAAUCGAACCUAAGUAUCAAGUUUUAUCUUUGACACCAUUCUUGGUGCAACAGGCUGAAAUGUCUGAAUUUCUAUUCGAAUUUGAUGAUAGUGACAAAAAUAGUUAACCCUAAUGUAAUAUAAAUUAAAAAAUGCAUGUUAAUUAUACUCUCAAACAUUAUUUUCUUAUCUAUGUAUUAAGCUAUGUAGAUUUAUAAGAAAAAAAAAAUAAUAUUGCUUUUGUUAUGAUAUAUAUGUAUCAUUAAUACGUUUAUGUAUUUUUGUAUAUUUUUCUUUGCUUAAUUUGUUGAACACA